GGAAGGAAGCCUGGACAGCACGCACGCACGGCGCCCCGCACCCUACCCUCCACCGGCCGCAGCUAUAAUUGCCUCCCCUCCCUCCCCUCGCGGUUGCUUCGGUUCAGAGUUCGUUCAGCAGUACCCCCACCCCACCGCUCGCGCUCGCGCUCGCGACGACGAGACAGACAAGCGCGGACAGAGCCAAGGAACCAUGGGCUCCUUCCUGUCGUCCUUGUGGACCCCUCCGCCGCUCCCCGGCGACGACCCCGACUCCGCCGUCGUCGCCGUCCACUCCAAGCCCGCCUGGGACCGGCACUGGGAGGCGCACCGGAACGCGUCCAAGCUGAUGGUCAUCGACUUCUCCGCCUCCUGGUGCGGGCCCUGCCGCUUCAUCGAGCCCGCCUUCAAGGAGAUGGCCUCCCGCUUCGCCGACGCCCUCUUCGUCAAGAUCGACGUCGACGAGCUCGCGGAGGUUGCAAAGACAUUCCGCGUAGAGGCGAUGCCGACCUUUGUACUGGUGAAGGGCGGGCAGGAGGUGAGUCGUGUGGUUGGGGCUAAGAAGGAUGAGCUCGACAGGAAGAUCAAGACGUUCAUCUCAUCGUCCUGAUCCUAGCUUAAUUAACCUGCACUCCAGUUGUAGUGCCAGGUUCUGUCUUCUCGACCCCAGUGGCAGGGGGCUCCUAUGGUUUCCCCAUGGUGUAGUACCAAUCCUCCUAAAAUGCUGCAAAUCCGACGUAAAGUGGUAAUAAAGGUUCUGAAACUUGGAUCGUGUAAAUGUGUAACUCUGGCCUGUCUUGAUCUGUCACCUUUGGCAGUCAAGUGACCGGGAUAUAAAGUUUCUUACUGUUUUUUGGCA